UUACGUAUAUUUUUUCAUGACCAAUUUGAUAAAAUAAAAUAUUUUUAUCACAACUUACUUGGUAGAAAUUUUAAUGACUGAAAGUGGGGUGGAGAGUAGCUGGACUAAAAAGUUGAGGAUUGGACCUCAGCCUCACUCUGAUUCUUUCGCCUUGCUCUGGGGACAUGAUCAUGUUCUGGGAACACGUACAACUCGAGGUGGUGUCGGACAUGAUCAAGUUCAUGAAAGACAUGAUGAAUCUGAACUUGUCUCAUACAAUCUUACAAGCCAACAGGUUAGAAGGAUUCAAGUUCCUGGACUUGGUGAUCUCUCCUUUGAGUACACCCAAAGUUUGGUUCCUUUAUUCAGGCCGGAAGGAGGGGGAUCGGAGCCGUAGGUACCAGCGGAUUAUACUCUCUUCAUCUUUAGAGAGAGUGCCCCGCCGACGCCGCCGUGCACGGCACAACAAGCCCACAAUUCGUAAGGGGAAGAAAAAAAUCCAGACGAAGGGAGUACUAAAAUGUGAUAAUUGCAAAGUCUUAAUCUUGCUUGUUUUAUUUUGAAUGAAAAUGUUUAAGGUUUUGUUCAAUUUAAACCCGUGCUUUCGUUUCUCCAUUUUGACCAUAUUAUUUACAAAAGCAUCCCUCGUCUAUUAUGAAUAUCCAUAAAUGACUUAUAUAUCAUUUAGUUCAUUUUAUCUGCACGAAAGGAUUUUUAACAUAGUUUAUAAGCUAAAAACUGCUUAUAAGCAAAUAAGUCAAUAACCUGGGAUGUAUAAAUCUGAUGCAGAUUUUCAGGUUCCUCCCAUUGGCAGUAUUCGACCAAUCACACCAUUUCUGAGUCUAGGGCCAUGAAAGAACAUAGCAGAGUGUCUCCAUACUCUUGAAGCUUGAGGAGAGGGAAUAAUGUUACUGUUGUUUUUCUACUAAGGUAAGAUUUUCUUUGAAAUGUAUGUAAGCUUGUUUGGGCU